AUGAAGUUCACCACCUUCACCACCCUCUCCACCACCGCCAAAGCCGAUAUCUGGAUCUACGAAGGCACCGACCUCGGCAGCGGCGGUGAGGUCCUCUGGCUGUUCUUCCCCGGCUUCCCCCUCCCCCCCACAGCUGCGAAGACGUCAAGAAUACCCGGCUCAUUCUCCAAAAAUGGGACGAUCUCGAGCGGUUGGAUUUUGAUGUUGAUUUUGGUCAUUUCACUAUUUAUAAGAAUCGGGACUGGAACUUGGUUGGGUUUGAAAGAUGAGGUUUGGGGCCACUGUCGCCCGACGGAGGAGGAUGAGUAUGAUUGCCCGGCGCAGUAUCUUUCUGCCGGGCAGUUGAAGUUUAGUUGUGAGACGGAUGUUUUCCCUUGA